UAAAAAUUAGACUUCUGUGGACAUACAUGUACGUAUUCUGUGUGCUGGCAUGGCGAAUCUUAUUUUUGGCCAUGGAAGAAGACGGGUUCCAGUUAGUCUGUCGCAAAAAAGCUGCCCGAAGUCGAAAGGUGGAAAAUAAACGGUUUCCCGUAGAUGACACCGAGACUUGGGAUGAAGCUGAACUUCGUGCUUGUAAAUCUCGAUUGGAUAUUGCAAGGGAUGAACUCCGAGCGAGCAAGUUUAUGACAGGCUUCCAAGCGAAACUUGACACGCUAAUCAGCAUAUGGACAACAGCUAAGUUGCUUGGCACCAACCCAGCACCAGCUACGGGUGGCGGGUGCGACCAGGAUGCAACCAAGGGCACCGAGCACGAACCCGGGCGCAUCGAUGUGGUGUGCUACGGGAUUGGUCCGUUCGCGCAGUCUCUGCAGGCGCGUCACCAGAUGGGUGCCCUGAUGCUUCUUGUGAAGUACUUGCAGGACCGGCACUUGCUGCAAGACCGUUUCCUGUAUGAUCCAGUCUUGCAGCGCGGAGAGGCUGACAUUGUACAGGAGCUUGGCUUUGAGCUGAUCAAAGUGAACGAGGAGGGCCGUCGGCGUGUCGUUCGGCCCACGCUGUUCUUCAUGCCUCACUGUGGUCGCUCACUGUACGAGAAUGUCCUUGCUAGCAACUGGUCAUGUAAACAGCUGCACUUCGUCGCCAUCAUUGGCAAUGAGUUCUCCUCCUAUCUACACAGAAUGCCAACCCAUGUAUUUCGAUCCGAAACACCUCACUUAGCGCACGGCCAGAGCAUCGUGAGUGAGCUUGAGAUAUUGCCUGGUGAGUUUAUGGAGUCAUUCAAUGAUUCUGCACUGCAUGUCUUCGACCAGCACAAACUGCCGGCAGAGGGUGAUGCGUUCUGGACAUGUAGCGUGGGUAGCUUUCAAGAUGAUGACCAUGUCUCGUCACAGCAAUUAUCUGGCUGGAGGUGGGCAACGUGAGCAGGAGCAGGGAAUGGCAAGCAAUUGUCAAGGCCUAGUCUCUAGUAUCGGUCUCUGAAUCCUGUGCUCCUGAAGUAGUCUCAGCAAUGACGCCGAGUGGCACGUUAAUCGACCAGCUUAGUGUGUGGUGCGCGACUGAACUCCAGAUACCACAAUGCUACUAGCAGUACGGUGACAUUGAAACACACACAGGACUGUAUAGGUGGGUGGUAGCUGUCAGUCUGGAGACACACGGAGACUUGAGUUGAAGUGAUCCACAGGUACUCGUAUGGGCUUUUCGGUGGAGGAAGCACGUCGGCAAGGCACCCAGUGACUCCCCAGCUAUGCAAGGUAGCUGGUGACUCCCCAGCUUUUGCAGGGCACACAGUGACUCCCUAGCUGUGCAAGGCGUACAGUGACUCCCCCAGAUUCGCAAGGCACCCAGUGACUCCCCAGCGUUGCAAGGCACCCAAUGACUCCCCAGCUUUGCAAGGUACCUGGUGACUCCCCAGCUUUGCAAGACAUCCAUUGACUCGCCAGCUUUCUGAGGCACCCGGUGACUUGCCAGCUUUGCAAGGCAUAUAAAACUCCAACAUCCAAGCAAUGCAGUCACCGAUGACAUCAACAGUAGCAUUCAAUCAUGAAUGCUACAUGGCUGCUCUAGCCUCAUUUACUAUUUAUACACAUGUCCAUAUCAGAAGAAAGUGGCUUAGAGUGCCUACCUAUCUUUUAACCUACUAGGCAACGACAGUCAAGGUCUCUCCAGAGCCAAGGAAAUGCUCAAUAACAGCAUACUAUUCGUUUCGGACAGUCUAAAAGAGCUCGCAUGCGGGAGGCUGCACAGCGGUCUAUCAGUCAAUGAGGCAUAUUCAGACCAACACCUUCUUACAAACCUGUGAGUUUGAGGCUUCUUAGAAUUUACCUCACGACUACUAAUAUUGUCUCUUUGCGAACAUGAUCUGCUCAUGAUCUGCUCUUGAUCUGCUCAUGAUCUGCUCUUGAUCUGCUUAUGAUCUGCUCAUACUUGCCGUAAGUGGGAAAUCGAAAUUUGUGAAAAUAGGUAAAUACUCCAGGUGUGUUAAGAAUGAAAUAAACAGUAGAAAUUGAAUAAAUGUGCUGAUACUUCUUUUGAAGUAGUUCUAUUUUUUAAUUGUUGCUACCCAUUGACGUCAUCUGAUUGGUAUUCUACUCUGCAUAUACCCUGUGUACAGUUUAUCAUGAACAUGAAUUAAUGGAGGUUGUCCUGA